GUCGGGAAUUUGUUUGAAAGUGUGAUAAAUAAAUAUUUUUGCAGCAAUUUUUUAUAAAAUACAUUUAAAAUGGGUAAACGGCAACAUCAAAAGGAUAAGAUGUACUUAACGUACACGGAGUGGUCCGAACUUUAUGGCGGCAAGAAAGUCGAGUCUGCAGAAAAUGAGCAUAUCAAAUUCAAGCGCCUCCCCUUUGAUCAUUGUUGCAUUACAAUGGUACCGUUCGAUACUCCCUACUGUGAUGUUGAUGGCAAUGUUUUUAGUUUGGAGGCAAUACAUGCAUUUAUCAAAACAUUCAAGGUAAAUCCAAUCACCGGCAAAUCACAAGAUGCAAAAAUUUUGAUAAAGCUGAAUUUUCACAAAAAUGCCGAAGGAGAAUAUCAUUGUCCAGCUCUAUUCAAACCAUUUACCAAAAAUACACACAUUGUUGCACUUGCCACAACCGGCAAUGUGUACUCGUGGGAAGCUAUUGAACAGCUGAAUAUUAAAACGAAAAAUUGGAAAGAUCUCAUCGACGACUCACCAUUUCAACGCAAAGAUAUUAUUACUAUACAAGAUCCGCAUCACUUGGAAAAGUUUGACAUCUCACGAUUUCAUCAUAUACGAAAAAAUCUGCGUGUGCUCUCUGAGGAGGAGCAAUUGGAACGCAAAGAUCCCACGAAACGUAUAAAAACAAUGAACUUGGAAACUAAAGAAACACUAGCAGAACUGGAGAAAGACUAUCAACCACCGGAAGAGACGCCAAGCAGUUCCAAGCGUACCGCCGACAAAUUCAAUGCUGCUCAUUAUUCUACAGGCGCAGUGGCUGCAAGUUUCACAUCAACUGCGAUGGAGCCUGUUUAUAAUCACGAAGCGGCUAUAAUCGAAGAUGAUUUAGUUAAAUAUGAGCGUGUAAAGAAGAAAGGUUACGUCCGACUGCAAACUAAUUGUGGACCACUAAAUUUUGAAUUGUAUUGUGAUGCUGUGCCACGCGCUUGUGAUAACUUCAUGCGACAUUGUAGUGACGGUUAUUACAAUAACACCAAAUUCCAUCGUUCCAUACGAAAUUUUAUGAUACAAGGUGGUGAUCCAACAGGAACUGGCACAGGCGGUACAUCGAUUUGGGGUAAAAAGUUCGAUGACGAAUUUAAACCCAAUCUCUCUCACUCAGGUCGAGGCAUGCUCUCAAUGGCGAACUCCGGACCAAAUACAAAUGGAUCACAGUUCUUUAUAACAUAUCGUUCUUGCAAGCAUUUAGAUGGGAAACACACAGUUUUUGGGAAAUUAGUUGGUGGCAUGGAUACAUUAACGCAAAUGGAGAAAAUUGAAGUGGAUAAUAAGGAUCGUCCAAUUGAGGAUAUAGUCAUUGAAUCUGUGCAAGUUUUUGUUGAUCCAUUCAAAGAGGCUCUAGAAGAAUUGGAAAAAGAGCGUGCCGCGGAAAUAGAAAAACAAAUACAAACCGCUGCAGAUGUUAAGAAGCAGAAACGUUUAAAUGAACCACUGAAAGUUUAUCGACAGGGAGUUGGCAAAUAUUUGAACUUAAUGGAGGCAAAAGCCAGUGGUGCAGACAAUAGUGCGAAACACGAUGCCACAAAAAAGAAACAAAAAUCUGUAGGUAAAGGAACCUUCGGGGAUUUUUCUACAUGGUAGAUUUAGAUUUAUUCAUACAAACGUAUAGAUUACAUACUUAUAUAAAUGACAAGUUAAAAA